AUGUUUUCACUGCUACUUAUACCACAUUUCCAUGCUAAGCCAGCAGCCAAAGUUCUGUACUUUGAUCUCAAAUCACGGCACUCUUUCACCCCUGUGCGUGGUCAUGAGAGCCGACUCUCGCCGUCGGCCGCCGGAUACUCGCGCGCGUGCCGCGGUGAGCGGCCCGGUGCCGGCGGGCAGCGCCCGGCGCCGGCGGCAGGGAAGCGCCCGGACGCUUCGCGCAGGCUGCGGCCGCUGGCGGAGCGCCGGCGCGCGCUCAGGCCGUGCCCCGGCCCGGCCGCCGCUGCCGCGCAGGCGCCUGCUCGGCGGGCGGGACCGCAGCGCCCGCUCCACCGCCCGCCUCCCGCCGGCCCGGCCUCGUGGUCAGGGGCGGGCCGGGGCUCGCUGCCGUCACCCGGGGCGCGGUGCCGUCACCCGGGGCUCGCUGCCGGCAGCCGGGGCUCCGCAAGGGACGUUGCGCUCGGAGCCACCGCGCGGUCCGGUUCCCGCCGUUGGGCUGUGAGGAGGCGGGGCGCGGAGCUGACAGCAGCAGUGAGGAGGAGGAAAGGCCCGAGGAGUGAGGAGCGCCGGAGUGACUCUUUCGUUGUCCCGGUGUGCUCAGGGAAGCGCGGGGCUGGGCGCCGAGCUCCGCUGUCCCCUCCGCUGGUGACUGGAGCUGUACGCGUUCUUGGCGUGGGAACACAUAGUUCUUCGGACGCUUGGGCGCGUGUUACUGUUUCUUAUCCGUCACCUACGGAGGUCUGCAGAAGCCUCUGCUUGAUCUCUGAGGGCACGAAAAGAACGAGAUCAUUCUUUGUGGGAAGGAACUGGAUCCGCCAGGGGGGUGCAGGAACAAACAGUUCUUCGUACUCCCAUUCGGCGUUAUUAACUUGUGGGAGCACGCAGUGCUUCCCCCCGGGUGCUGGGCGCUGCUGCAGCAGCAGCGCUGUCAACAGCGGCCCUCCGUGGCUUCCCUCCUGCUCCAGGGAACCGCCUGCCUUGGGGGCUUUGCUCUGCCCCUCCCGCAGAAAGAAAGGCACUUUUCCGAAUUCUCCGCUCUACUUACAAGCUUUUUCUCAGUGUCCAUACCCAAAUGGGCGUGGUAAAGCGUAUUUUGUUUUUGUUUCGGUUUUUUUUUUUUCACCGAAUUCCUAUCUCUAGUGGAACCACUAAAAGAGAAGUUUGCAUGCCAGACAC